AUGGCUAUGAGGGGACCCCGCCCCUUGCUCCUGCUGCCCCUUGUCCUGCUGACAGCCUGCCUGACUUUGGCCAGUGGGUGGUCAUGUGUCCCAGAGUUCAAAACAUUCUUGAGGAACCAUGUGGACUAUCUACGGACCUCAUUCUACAAGCACAACGCCUACUGCGCAACGAGGAUGCGGAGAGUGUCAUUAUACAAGAAGCCCAUCAACACCUUCAUCCAUAUACCCAUCGAAGCUAUCAAGAGUGUCUGCCGUACGAACGGGAUACCCUUCCCUCCUGACCUACGCAAGAGCAAACAUUCCUUCAAAGUCACCACCUGCAGAUAUAACAAGACUCAUAACAAGAUUCACUUGUACAAUGGGACAUUCUAUCGCCGGCAAAUUAUCAUCCGCUGCUGCUAUGCGUUCCCUAUUUACUUUCAUGAGUAG